AUGGAACAGAUGCAAAUGAUGCAAAACAUGCAUCACGACGCUGCAUUGGACAAGGAAACAUGUAUAAACUAUGGAUAUUCUGAAAUUAAUUGUUGCACGAAUGAAUUGCCAGCCAACCAGAUUGAUAACCCAUAUGACAUGUCUGAUUGCUCUCGGAAAUCUCUGUGCGAGGAAGAGUUUUGUCGAAAUAAAAAAUUAGGCCUCAUUGGUGAUGACGAUAAGCUUGACAGAUCCAAAGCACUAGACGCCAUGUUUAAAAAAGUUUUAGCUGACCCAAGUUUAUUGGAAGUAGUGCAAUCAAAAUGUAUCAAUGGUGACAUCAAACCAUAUGGAUCUGCAGAAUCAUGUGAAGGCGAGAGAUUUAAUCGUUGUGUAGUAACGCAGUGGCUAAAAAGCUGCACAAAGUGGAACGACAGCUCUACAUGCCAGCAAACCAAAGAAUUCUUUAUAAAAGAAUGUUGAAUUUAUUUCUGUAAAUUGUUAGUCUCAAAACCGAUAAACUAAAUGCAGC